AUGGCUUUUCGAAAAGUGAUUAACCCGUUUCUCAUUCUGUUUUUGUUCGUGAACUCUUCAAUCGCCGUUAUUGAAGUAGACGUAUCCAAAAUCUCAAUCAACUUUGGAAGCCAAAUCAAUACUUUUAUUUCGAAUUGUUUCGGAGUUGAUAUGGAUUUCUAUCUGUUGAUUUCUACGUCAAAUUUUUCCCAAGAAAACCCAUACUACAUGAGACAACAAGAUGCAUCACAAUAUAGUGUCGAUCUCCCAGGAACAAGCUCUUUUUUGAUACAAUCAACAACAGAUUUCAUUUCCUUGACUGGGGUUCUAUCGAUGAGGUGUUCCAACGGAGGAAAUGUUUCUGACUCUUUUCUCAUUUCAAGUCAAUCUUCAAAACAGAACGAUAAAAACAAUCAGGAUGUCAAUAUCCAAGUGACCUCUAACAGCUAUCAUUGGACACUUACUGCGACAAUUAACCGAAAGUGCAAUGGAGCGAACCAGUACGGAUUUAAUUGUAACGAACAAUGCACAAAUACGAAUAAUGACGAUAACUAUUAUUGCUAUACAUGUGGUGCUAAUGGUCAGAAGACGUGUUGUCCAAGUGCUGAUGUUAAUCCAGACGAUUGUUCUUACUACAACCAUCCAGUAUCUUCAACUUGGUCACCAAACACAUCUUGCUCUGCGUCCGCCGAAAACACUUAUUUCUGGUUAAUGAUCAGUUUUGCUAUCAUUAUUGCAAUUCUAGCUAUCCUCCUUCUUCUUGUGCUACUCGAACUUUGCUGUGGACUAUUCAUGGGCGGACGAGCAGCGAAGGGAAGUGAAGAUGGGGAUUGGAUAGUGCCAAAAGAGCCAAAAGCAAAUCGCGAGCUUUAUGACGCCGACAUAAACCGUCACCAUCAGUAUAGAAGGAGGCAGGAAGAAACAAGAGAGAGUUCGGAACCAGAUGAGAGGGAUCGGAGGUCACCGUAUAUUGUGAGCAGACAAGGAAUGGAUAAUCAGUCCUAUGAUGAUGAAGUUCUGCGAAACGAAUGGCAAGAACCGCAACCAAGACGAAUUGCUCGAGUCUAA